AAGCUUUCUUGUCGGAGAUGCAGAUUCAUUAGCUGCUUUCACUUCAAAUUCAUCUCAUUCUCGAAAAGGCUUGCAAAAAAACAACCAUGAAGAUUUUCAUGAUUUUGGCCGUGUGCAUUGCUGUCGCCUCCGCCGGCGUGGUUGACCAUACCCGAUGCGGGGGAGUUGGGACCUUUCUCGAGAUGAGGAUUCAAAACUGUGAAGGUGCAAUUGCCUACAUGAACCCAGGUACGCCCUAUCCCAGUGAGGGUGACCUGAUUCCAUCCUCGGCUGCACCAGCGUUGCGACUCAAGGUGACCGCGACCUACCUGGGAUUCCCGAUCUCAAUCAUCGACACCGUCCUCGACAACUCGUCCGUCCAGCCAGGAAAUCUUUACACGAUUAGGUUUACAAUUACCCCGAGCGACGGCCUCAAGGGUAACACUGUGCCAGUCGACGCAGAGAUCUCCAACGAGGCCAGUGGUAUCAUCGAAAUUUGCGUCAGGGUUCAGGCCCAUAUCAACUAACUUGGCUGUUUAAAAUAUUCGGAUUAUAAAUUGGAUUAGAUUGAUAGACAAAAUAAAUUAUCAUGCAAUUACUA